AUGGAGGCUACGUGCUCGACAUCGACAAACAUGGAAACGGAGACGCCAACUUCUGGACCCGAUGCCAGUCUUCCUCCUGCUGUUAUCGUCCUUGGAAUGGCCGGCUCUGGGAAAACUUCUUUUGUGCAACGACUCACUUCUCAUCUACACGCCAAGGGGACUCCUCCAUAUGUGGUGAAUCUUGAUCCGGCCGUUCACAAGUUGCCCUAUCCGGCUAAUAUCGAUAUCAGGGACACCGUGAAAUACAAGGAUGUAAUGCGAGAGUACGGACUUGGACCAAAUGGAGCAAUCAUGACGUCGUUGAAUCUUUUGUGCACGCGUUUUGACAAGGUGCUCUCGCUGGUUCGUCAACGGGCUCCACAAUACUCGAUGUGUUUGAUGGAUACACCUGGACAAAUUGAGGCAUUUACUUGGUCGGCUUCUGGAUCGAUUAUCACCGAUUCGUUGGCAAGCCAACAACCGACCGUGAUUGUUUAUAUUGUCGAUUCAGCUCGCGUGGCAAACCCCACAACUUUUAUGUCAAACAUGUUGUACGCUUGUUCAAUUUUGUACCGAAACAAACUUCCGUUUAUCAUUGUUUUCAACAAGGCUGACAUCGUGAAGCCGACUUUUGCGAUGAAAUGGAUGCAAGAUUUCGAGGAAUUUCUGGCAGCUUUGGAUGAAAGUGGGUCGAGUUACACUAGCGAUUUGAGCAGAUCGUUUGCCCUUGUUUUGGACAGCUUUUAUGCAAACUUACGCUCAGUGGCAGUGAGUUCGAUGACUGGAGAGGGAAUGGUGGAUGUAGAAAAAGCUAUUGAGGCUAGCAUUGAAGAGUACAAGAAAGAUUAUCUGCCAAUUUAUGAGAAAACAAUGGCCAACAAGAAGCAAAUUGAUGCGACAGAAAUGCAAAAGAAGAUUGAAGCUUUAAAAAAGGAGCCCGUUUUGUUGUCAAUGUCUGGAGAUGUCGUGGAAAAUCUUCCAAUUGAAAAAAUGCAGAUCGAGGAAACAAAA